AUGUGCUUCACAGCCCUCUUUACGGCCGAGUUCGCUCUGCGGCUUUACGCGUGCGAGAGCGUCGCUGAAUUCGCGACGAACGGUUUCAACAUUAUCGACUUUCUGGCUGUCUUUCCGGGGUACUUGAGCCUACUCGGCGUCAUGCUUCGUCAAGAUACGCACCAAAAGCACUCCUUUGCGCACAUUGGUCAGGCCGCACCAUGUUUCUUGCUACAUGCUACAUCUUCCUGCGAUUAUUCCUGUGGGGAUGAGUUACCUGCAGCAUGUAAGCUUUACAUGGUGUCGGGUUGUACAUCAUCCCAUGCUAUGUUGAAGUACUAUCUGGCGUUAGAUAGUUCGUGUGCAGUCUUGACGCGGACCUUUUGA